AUGAGUUCUCCAAGUCCACCCAUCCAAAGUUCUGUGGCCGAGCUAUUCCACAACAUUGAGACCAGCUUCCAGUCGACAAGCUUAGGACCCGACAGCUGGUACCUCCUCACUAUUGCCUGUCUAUCCGGUAGUCCCGGGCCCGAGUUAGCCAAGGAGUUGUGCCUCUACGUUGUCCAGAAACAGGAAAGCUCCAGUCCAGCCGCGCGCCAGGCAUUCGUGCGUCGAGGCCGUGAAGCUCUAGUCAAAUGCGUCUUCAUCGUGGGUUGCUGCAAGCCCAUCGGGCCAUCAUUGCCAUUAGUCAGGUUGCCUGACCCCGGAGAACUGGCAAUGCGAUCAGGCAAACCAUGA